CCGACGAUUGUGCCAGUAACUGUAAGUGAGUAACUGAGUAAGGCAGCAUCGGCGUUUUGUGAGUAAAUGAUUUGAGUUAGGUUCAGUAACAGAUUAGUAAUUUUACAGUUUUUUGUGUAACAGGCUUUUAUUCAACAUGUCUGUUGACAAGGCGUUCGAGGACGAGUUCCUGAAAGAAGGCUCGCAAGUUUUAAAAAAUGUAAUUCCGAAAAUGGUCCAAAUCUGGAAGCAACUGGGCUUUCCUCAAAGUAAAAGCCAAGAGCGUUUCAAAACAGCAGUUUCUCAUCACAAAGAAUUAUGGGAUUCCAUGCUUGAAGAAGAGCAAAGUAACAAAAAAAAGAUAGUGAGCAGCAUUGAUCGUCUUGGAAGACAACAUCACCAACUUUGUAAAGAGUUGGGUACCCAUUACAGAGAAUUUGGGGAAGACAUGCCACUCCUAGAAAUGGAGAAACAGCUUCAAGAGACAUUAACUGCAUUAAACAGAGAAAAGGAAGAACGUAUGAGAUCAGUGAGAGCUCUGUUUCAAGAAGAGGAUGUGUUGUGUUCUAGAUUGAAUGCUAAACGCUGUUCCCUCAAUCGAGACAGAAUUCCAAGUAGUGAUCAGUACAGCAUGUUACAACAAGUCAUCACUGACUUAAAGACAGAAAUCAUAACACGGCAAGGACAGUUUGUUAGUAUGAGAGAUUCGAUUAAGAACUCCAUGGCACAAUUAGAAAUGUCAGCACGGAAUCCUUUUGAAAUGGAUCUUCUUGUCAGCGAUCCUCAAAGCGUAUCGUUGUCAGAAUCAGAUUUGAAUAAAAUCAAGGACAUCCAACAAGGCUUGAUUUCUCGCAUUGAAAAAAAUCAGAAGAAGGUAACUGAUAUGUGGAAUACCAUUCAAACGUUGUGGGAAAGACUCAGCGUUGAACCAGAUACCCGCGAAAUAUUUCACAUGCAGAAUCGUGGAUUUGCUCCAUCAACCGUCACCACAUUGGAACGUGAACUAACUCGUUUGGAAGACCUUAAACGACAAAAUAUCGAAAGGUUUAUUCAUUCAGUAAGACAAGAUUUGAUUGGUUGGUGGGAUCGCUGCUAUGUUUCGGACGCCGAGCGUCGCAACUUUACCCCAUUUUAUGCUGAAGUAUACACCGAAGAUCUACUUGAAUUGCAUGAAGCUCAGGUAGAAAGGUACAAGGAGCUGCAUACGUCUUAUAAAGACAUAUUCACGAAGGUUCAUCAUCGAGAGAACUUAUGGAAACGCAUGGAGGAUAUCGAGGCCCGUGGACGAGAUCCGUCUAGAUUGUUCGGUAAUCGUGGAUGUGCGCUCUUGCAGGAAGAAAAAGAACGCACCAAGAUAAUGAAGGAACUCCCUCGGGUAGAGGCCCAACUGACCGAGCUGAUCAAUAACUAUGAACGGACUAAUGGGCAAGUAUUGCUUAUUGAUGGCCAAGACUAUCGUCAGGUUGUCGUGGAUCAGUGGGUCAACUACGAGGAGCAAAAGGAGCACGAAAAACUCCAAAGGCAACGAGAGCGUGCCGACAAACUGGUCGAAGAAGCCAAAGGAGGGGCGAAACCGAACACACCGAUGAAACGGCGCUUGGGGACAACCGCCAUUCGCACACAGAUGGAGUCACCAAAAUCCAAGCAAAGGAAACUAUUGGUGCCCUCGACGGCUCCUCAGGCACGACUGGGACCUGGUCGCCGGAUCUUGACUGAAGCAAUCGGCAAUCAGCCUCCUCAUGCGACGCCCAGUGAUCAUGACGUUUCGGUCAUGUCUACUUAUUCUGUUUUUACAGAGACGUUACAAAAAGCUAGGCAAGCGAAGUGUGUAAACUCCACGGUUUUGAUGGAUUGUAACACACCAUCAUCAAGUCGUGGAAACGCGACGCCAUCAACAUUACCGCACCGUCGAUCUACACGUUUGGCUGCAGCCGCCGCGCCGACUUUAACCCCACAACCCAACCGCACACAACACCCUAUGUAUCGACGCUCGAAAUCACAUUCGAUAAUGGCCGCGCCUCUUACAACCCGUCUUACCCCAGCUCGUUCCACACCUAAACUCGCUAUCCAUAAAAGGCCUUUCCUAAUUUAAAAUAAAUGCCUUUUUUAUUUUUUUUUAGCGCUUGAUUUGAUGGCUUAUCGGUCGGUAAUUUCAAAAUUAGUAAGAUUGUAUGGUAUCGAUUUUCCAUGUUCAUGUAUAUAUCUAAUUCCUUCUCUCCUGUUGAUGGCUAUACUAAGUUUUUUUUCUUUUUUUUUACAUGGCAGCUUGGUAGUCAUGUCUUUCGAAAAAGUUUCAACUGGCUUUUAACCAAGGUUAUAUAAUAAAUGCAAUUUACUCUGAAA